AUGGAACAAAAGCGCGAUGCUUAUCUGGCAGAUAAACUUGAUUACUUUGAAAAUUUAGUAAUAUAUGAUGCAGUCAGGAAGUUGGCCUUACAGAAAGAUUCAAGAAUAAAUAAACCAGUUGACAUAAAUGAAAAG